UAGAUUUUAACAUUUUAACCAUACUUUUUUGUGCAUGUUUAAUGUUUAUAUCAUUUUUAUAUAGUUUAUUUCCUUAUAUUUUUAAUGUUAUUAUAAUUUGAUUUGUUUUUAAUUUAUAAAAUGACACUCGAGUUGCAGAAAUUUAUAUCGAAUUUUCAGAAGGUUACAGAUAGUCCUACAAAUUACCUGUCCGUAGACGAUGAUUUAGUUGAUCGUUUAAAAGGCCAUAUUAAAGAUAUAUAUGAUUUCACUAAAAAAGAACAUAAAAAUGGCUCAUUAAAAUCACUACCGAAAUUAAUUGUAAAAGAUUUUGAUUCCGAACAAAUAUGGCAGCAAGUAAAUUUACAGAAUGAAGAUGUUUUAAAUAGCUCCGUAACCGUUAUUAGCAAGUUAUUAUCUAAUAAAAAUAAACUAGUAUUUGGCGAAAAUAUUAAGAAAAAUGAAGAUGCAGUUGAUACACAAAUAAAUUCUGAAAAUGAUAUGUCUGAAUCAGAUGAAGAUGAUGAAGAAGAAGAAGGUAAUAAGAUAGAAGCUUCUGAAGAUGAUAGCGAUAUAUCUGUUGAUAAACUCAAAAAUACUAAUAGUAAGAGCAAAAGGAAAUCAGUUGUAGAUGAUGAGUUUUUUAAACUAGAUGAAAUGGAAGCUUUCUUAAACAAAGAAGAAAAUAAUGGAAAUGCUAAUGACUCUGAAAGUGAUUCAGAGAAUGAAAGUGACAAAGAGAGUAUAGAUUUAUUUGAGGAAAAUGAAGACUCUGGAGAAAGCACUGGGGAAGAUGAUGCUAAAAUGGCCAAAUUUAAGGACUAUUUUGUUAAAAAAGAUGACACAACAGAAGACAAGGGCAAGAGAAAGAGAGGUUUCAGCGAAUCUAAUUCAGAUGAAGAAGAACAUGAAGAAAAGAUUCAACUAUCAAAGUUUGAGCUUAGGCAGCAAAGGUUAAGAACGAAAAUUGAAGAGAUGGAAGAACAAGCAGUCAGCGAAAAACCCUGGCAAUUGAAAGGAGAAAUUCAUGCUGAUAGCAGACCACAAAACUCGUUAUUGGAGGAAGUUGUUGAAUUUGAUAUAACAUCUAGACCAGCACCUGUUAUUACCGAAAAUACCUCAUUACAACUGGAGGACAUCAUCAGGCAAAGAAUAAAAGACAAGGUUUUCGAUAGCGUAGAACGUAAAGAAAAACCAAUCAAUUCUUUGUUAGAGUACAAGAAACAACUAGUAUUGAACCAGGAAAAGAGCAAAGAAUCACUGGCCCAAAUCUACGAAAAGGAAUUCCUGGAUAAACAGGCUGCACUGGACCCGAACAAUGCAGAAAAAGAAGAAGAAGAACCAGAGUUACACAAGGAAGUGCGAAAAAUGAUGGGAGACUUAUUUAACAAACUGGAUGCUUUGUCAAAUUAUCAUUUCACCUCCAGACAAUCUGUUCCAGAACUGAAAAUAGUCAGUAAUUUACCGGCAAUAAACAUGGAAGAUGUCGCUCCGGUAGCUGUCAGUGAUGCAGCGUUAUUAGCACCUGAAGAGGUUAGGAAUAAAGUCAAAGGAGAUAUUACAGGUGAAAGCGAAAGGUCGAAAACUGAUAAAAAUCGUGAGAGACGUAAGAAGAAGCUAAAACAGAAAAUUCACAGUAAGUUGAAAGAGAAGAAGGAAGCAGCAAAAAAAAUUGUAGACGGUGUUCCUAGAAAAUAUGGUAUUAAACAGAAAAAAAUAAAGAAAGUUUAAACCACAAA